AUGGCGCUCUUCCCGGUACUACAGCAUCCAGCUCUCCAUGGACGGCACCGCUUCAAGAACAAAAGAAAAAACCUCUCCAACACGAAAGAACUGCAAACACAGCAGGCUACUCAUAAAUCAAACGCGUAUUUGAGAGAACGAACGCAUCUGUUUCCCCCCAGUGUGAUUCGGUUUAUUAAUUCUAGUGAGUAUUGUAUCAGAAAUAUUCAGUUUUUUUUCCACUCAGCUGCUGAUGUGAAGAGCACAGAGAGGUAUAGCACAAAUGAUGGAGUGUGGCAGCCCCGAUCGAAAGUCCCUGUUCGGAGAAAUGCUGAGGCAGCACUGUUCUCUGAAGAGCCAGGUACUGAUGUCUGCCUCUGA